ACGGUUACAACAGUAACUACCACUGUCGACAUUGCCAUCGGAGCAUUUAUCAUAGAUAAUAACACCACCUGAAAACCUCAGCAGUCAGAAGUUUGGAGUAAACACAACGAAUACCCUUCCUUCGUCAGACAGCAAAACCUCAGCAGCUGCAGCUCUGGUAGAUGCACUCAAGAUAUUCGAUGUAAUAAUGUCUUCCCACGACCAGGCCGCAGCCGUUGCCCUCGCCCACCUCGCCCUAGCCUGCGAUGGCGCUGUCCUCGGCGUCACCCUCGCCAUCGUGGCCGUCCAGACCUGGCUUAAAUUCCGCAGAUCCUCGCGCGCCCUUGCCCGCAUCCAAAGCGCCCCCGCCGUUCGUAUAUCUGACCUCCGCUCCCUCCUCGCCUCUCCCGACACUGACAGCCCCGAUGCUGCUUCUGCGGCAGCAGCGGAUUCCCACGGCGGGAAGCUAGUCGUUGUCCGCGGUCGUGUUGAUACGAAAUCGGCCGUCGAUGGGAAUUGGAUUUCCUUGAAGGACAAGCUGCUCUUUUCGAACGAGUCCGGCGAGGGAGCCGUGGUCAUACAGCGGACUCAGACGUGUUUAUAUAAUGAAUGGAGGGGCCUAUUUGGAUGGACUUUUGAUCUACACAGUCUAUUUGCAAAAUCCUGGAAAGAGCAUGAAUCCACCUCACUGAGAACGGUUCCAUUUGUCCUUAUUGAAGGUGGUUAUUGGCCACGAGCUGGUUAUGUUGUCGUUAACUUGGAUGACUCAAUCCAUCAUCUACCUCUUACGACGGUUUAUCAUCAAUUGCGUCCAGUUCAUGCUUCUCCAUAUACAAUCUUCCAGGCUAUUUUUGGUCAUGGGUAUCCCGUUGGUCUGUUGGAUGAAGAAAAGAUUCUUCCAAUUGGAAAGGAGAUAACUGCAGUUGGCACUUGCAGUUUGCAAGGUGGAGUUCCUGAGAUUAAGUCUUGCAAGGAGCUUCCCUAUUUCCUGUCUGAUAUGACAAAGGAUCAAAUGGAGGGAGAUCUUGGGAUAAGGACCAACGUUCUGUUUUGGAGUGGCAUUGUUCUUGGCACGUUGUCAUUUGGUAUAUUGGGCUAUUCUAUUGUAAGGAACUGGUGCAGAUGGAAAGAGUGGAGACGUCAGAGGCAACAGCCUCCUCAGCAACCGAGCGAUGCUACUGCUGAAAGCAACCCUGAUGACGAGUCGGGAGAUGUUCCUGAUGGUGAAUUAUGCGUGAUCUGUCUAACUAGGCGAAGGCGGUCGGCAUUCGUCCCAUGUGGGCAUCUCGUUUGCUGUCCGAGAUGUGCCCUGUCGGUAGAGCGUGAUUCAAACCCCAAGUGCCCUGUGUGUAGGCAGAACAUACGGACUUCCGUAAGAAUAUAUGGUUCUUGAGGUACGGGACAGUUCUGUUCUUUAAUGUUGGAACAAUUUGUAAAGUUAGUCAUCAUUUCAGCAUGUUAGUGGUCUGAUUUGGCUGCACCUUCUCUUGUUGUUUGCUGUCCAAACUGCGCCCUUAUUGCUAAUAGUUACAUUUCUAUAGAUUCUCCCCUUA